GCGGUGUAAGUAUGACAUUUGACAGUUCGAUUUGUUGAAAAGUGAACUUGCAUAUUUUUUACGUUCCCAAAAUAUAUCAAAUUAUCCAUUACAAACGUUAAAUAUCCGUCUAAGUCUACCAUGGGAUCCAUAAAAGUGAUAAGCGAUGAGGCCCAUUUCCAAACUGAACUCGCCAACGCAGCAACUCGUCUCGUAGUAGCCGAUUUCACUGCCACUUGGUGUGGACCAUGCCAGAGGAUAGGGCCAGUGUUCGAAGUAUUGGCUGCGAAAUAUCCUCGAGCUGUGUUCUUGAAGAUUGAUGUCGAUAACUGUCAAGAAACUGCUGCGUCUCAAGGCGUGUCCGCUAUGCCUACCUUCAUAUUCUAUCGCAAUAAGACAAAAGUGGAUCGUCUGCAAGGCGCUGAUCCUGUAUCGCUGGAAAAUAAGAUACAGCAAUACUAUGGAACUGAAGACACCGAAGAAGGUGAAGGAGUCGCUGGACAUAUGGAUUUAUCUCCGUUUAUUUCGAAAUCGCAAUGCGAGUGUUUGAAUGAAAGCGAUGAUCAUCCUUUGGCCCAUUGCCUUACAGCCAGUGGAGGAUUCUUACAAUCGGAUUGUGAUGAACAGUUGAUAAUAUCGAUUACGUUCAACCAAUCCGUGAAGAUUCACAGUUUACGAAUCACCGCGCCUUCCGAUAAAGGUCCUAAGAGUGUGAAAAUUUUCAUUAACCAGCCUAGAACUUUGGAUUUCGAUAUGGCCGAUAGCUAUACGAGCGUUCAAAUUCUCGACUUGGAGCCCAGUGACGUGGAAGGAAAUCCUAUCAAUUUGCGCUUCGUGAAGUUCCAGAACGUACAAAACAUCCAGUUUUUCGUUAGGGAUAAUUUAGGCGGGGGUGAAGUCACUCAAAUCGAUCACUUAGCUAUUAUCGGAUCGCCCAUAAACACGACUAAUAUGGGCGAUUUUAAAAGGGUUACCGGUAAAAAGGGCGAAAGCCAUUAAAAAUGCAUUUAACAGGUCUAUACUUAAACAUCCUCUAAUAUUUUCAGUUAAAGUUAAAGCAAAUUAAACGAUACGUUUUUUUCUUGAUGUUUUUUAGUUUCAAAAAUGAUAUUCAGAGAUUAUGCAAAUAACUGUUUUUUAUAUUCAAUCUUGUGCAAAAAGAUACAACUGUCUAACUACAGUGACAGAUACAAAAGUGACAUACUAGACAAUUGACAUUGACAUAACCGCGAAAAUACAAAUUUUACUAUCAACAAAAAAUUUAAUUAUUGCAAAU